AUUCCGCCAUUGUGGGCCGUAAUCUUUCGCGUCAUCGCUACUUCAAUACAUAGUACCAUACAUCAUUUUUAUGUAUUGGACAUUUGUGCAGAAUCAAAUAUUGUAAAUUUCGAAACAAAAAAUCCAUGUUGUUGAGACGAAGGAGUAGCGGCGACCCUGUGAUCAAAUUAAGCUUCCGCCGCUGACGUGUGUUAUGUCUACCCUGGACUAUUGUCCGUGUGUAUAUAAAUAACGACCUUGAGCCAGUCUUUGUUACUUUCUAUUACAUUCAUUGUGACUGUGAUAUUAAUUUAGACCAGUGUAGUUGUUGCAUAUGCGAGUUAUUGGAAUAUUUUCUCUUAUCACCCGCACAAUAAAAACGGCUCGCCCAAUACACAGUAAAGGCACUCGUGUCGACUCCUCAUUCUAUCAGAAGAGCGCUGCACGGUGAGCCGUAUUCUGAGUGUGAGCACUGACCAGUUCCUGGCAUUGUUUCUACUAAUGAGUUCCUGUGGAAUGGUGUGAUCAAACGGAGAUGCAAUGUGAUAGCCAAUAACUCUUUUUUUAUGAAUAAUUAAAGGUAUCAUGUACAAAGAGAAACAUAAUGGGUUGUUUGUUCUCUCGAGAGAAAACUACUGAUUCCAGGGAAGUCGUUAGAGUGGACAGUGAGCGACGACCCUACUGCAACGGGAUGACCUCCACGGAAUUCACAGAGGAGCAAAAGCAACUGGUCAAAACAACGUGGAACAUAGUCCGAGAGGACAUCUCAAAAGUGGGAGUCAUAACGUUUCUCAGGUUGUUUGAGAAGUUCCCGGAUGUCCAGGACUUGUUUGUACCAUUCCGGGGUCUGAACUCGGAGGAACUACGUCAGAACGUGGGGCUCCGUGAGCACGGCAUGAGGGUGAUGGGGACCAUCGAGAAGUGUAUCACGAGGAUAGACCAGCCCGACAAAUUGACAUCCAUGCUGGAGAGCCUCGGGGAGAAACACGUCGUGUUCGACACAAAGAUCGAGUAUUUUGAUUUAUUGUCACCUCAGUUGAUACAAGCCAUUAAGCCGGCCAUUGGUGAUCAGUGGACUCCCAGCGUGGAGCAAGCUUGGAAUAACUUUUUAUUGUACAUAACGGGAAUCAUGAAGGGCGCUAUGUUACAAGGGACGUGAUUGGUUGCUCUGUCAUGCAAAUUGUUCAUUUUUUCGGUUUUUAUUUUUUACAUAAUUUGAGUAGUACGAAUCGCAUUUGUAGAUAUUGUGUGAGAGGGACUAUAUAUGUAGAAGAAUCUUCUGCAAUUAAUAAAUAAAAAU